ACUACAACGAAAAUAUUGUUUAAAAGAUACCAGUGCAUAAUGGUGAUUCCGAUGAAUAUCAAGCGUUGUACCAAAUGCAUCAAUACUUGUACUUUUGACGUGCAAAGCAAAGAUAACCAACAAGAUUUUGUGUCUUGAAUCUUACUGUCCGACUAUUCCAAAUCCCCGCUCCUCCCUUACCACCAUCGCCGGCCAGCUUCCACCACCGCCAUAUCCUCCGGCAACCCAUCUGAAUGUCUUCCACUCUGCUUCCAUUCAAAGCUCACCACCUCUCUCACUCCCUUCACCCCCAAUUCCGGAAACACUCCUUCGUAUCGUUACCUCCGCCACCGCCUCUGUUCCCACCCAGAGGUCCAAAGCUUUUGCACAGAAAUGGCGUUUUGGCACGUGCAGAAGAUAAAGCACGUGACGGAGGAGGAAACCCAUCAUCGAUUCAACAACAGCCGAAACCCAAUUCAGAUAAGCAGUUUCAGGAUGUAGCAUCAUCGGGAUCUUGUGAUCCUUUAUGUUCAGUCGAUGAAACAAGUUCUCAAGAAUACGAAGCUACUUACCAGCCAAAAACCGAUUUAUUAAAAGCUCUUGCAGUAUUCGGAGCAGCUGCCACAGGAGCAGUCGCCAUUAAUCAUUCAUGGGUCGCUGAAAACCAGGAUCUUGCAAUGGCGUUGUUGUUUGGAUUAGGGUACGCUGGCAUAAUCUUUGAAGAAUCACUCGCUUUUAAUAAAAGUGGAGUUGGUUUACUAAUGGCAGUUAGCUUGUGGGUCAUUCGAAGCAUUGGAGCCCCUUCAACUGACAUAGCUGUAGCAGAAUUAUCACACGCAUCAGCAGAACCUCGUUCCCUUCUUUGGGUGGUUGGUUUUGUAACGUUUUUUCUAAGUUCAAUCCUUGACAAUCUCACAUCUACAAUAGUCAUGGUUUCGUUAUUGAGGAAACUUGUACCUCCAUCAGAAUACCGAAAGUUACUUGGUGCUGUAGUUGUGAUAGCAGCAAAUGCAGGUGGAGCAUGGACUCCAAUUGGUGAUGUAACAACUACUAUGCUAUGGAUACAUGGCCAAAUAUCUACAUUGCCUACAAUAAAGAGUUUAUUUUUCCCUAGUGUGGUUUCUCUCGCAGUGCCUUUGGCUCUCAUGUCCUUCUCCAGUGAAGUUAAUGGCAAGGGGCAAAAUACGGACGAUGUUUUAGCUUCGGAACAAAUGGCGCCACGUGGGCAACUUGUUUUUGCAGUUGGAAUUGGGGCAUUAGUGUUUGUUCCUGUGUUCAAGGCUUUAACUGGUUUACCUCCUUAUUUGGGUAUGUUAUUUGGGCUUGGAGUUCUUUGGAUUCUAACUGAUGCUAUACACUAUGGUGAAUCUGAAAGGCAACGGUUAAAAGUACCUCAAGCUUUAUCGCGCAUUGAUACUCAAGGAGCUCUUUUCUUCCUUGGGAUCCUUUUGUCUGUUAGCAGUCUGGAGGCGGCGGGGCUUCUUAGGGAAAUCGCAAAUUACCUUGAUGCCCAUAUUUCAAGCAGCGAGUUGAUUGCAAGCGCAAUAGGGGUAGUUUCGGCAAUUAUAGACAAUGUUCCACUUGUGGCUGCGGCAAUGGGGAUGUACGACCUUUCCUCGUACCCGCAGGAUUCCCAAUUUUGGCAGUUGGUCGCAUUUUGCGCGGGCACUGGUGGGUCCAUGCUUGUUAUCGGGUCGGCUGCUGGUGUUGCUUUAAUGGGAAUGGAAAAGAUCGACUUUUUUUGGUAUCUAAGAAAGGCAAGUGGAUUUGCUUUUGCGGGAUAUGCUGCGGGGAUUGCUGCAUAUUUAGCAUCUCAGAAUUUACAUUUUUCUCCAACGGUUGUUGCUAGUUUGCCAUUUGUCUCGGGUUCAUGAAGUGUUGUGGUUAAGAUUUAAAAUGAGAAAGCCGGUUUUGGUGAGCAAUUGAGAAUGUAAAGAAUGUGGUGAUCAAUGGUAUAUUGUGAUUGUUGUGUUAAAAGAUGUUAGAUGGAAAUUUGAGGUUGUAAUAAUGUUAGUGAGACCAAUGUCUAUAUUUUUGUCUUUGUUACUUGUCACAUUAUACCCAAAAUGUAAACAAAUAGUAUGGAAUGAGACAGGGUAAUGGAAUAAGUCGUUACAUUCUAUAGUUAUAGUCAUGUUUGGUUGAUUUGUUAGAAUGGAAUGUAGUUUAUUGGAUUAUUUUUAUAUAUGUAAUUGCUAAUAUAUGAUUGCAACUCUAUUCUAUGCAUUAUUUUAGAGGC